AUGGCGACCACCGUGGAUAAAAUCAAGGACAUUGAGGCCGAAAUGGCCAAAACCCAGAAGAAUAAAGCAACCUCGUUCCAUUUAGGUCAACUCAAAGCCAAGCUUGCCAAACUGAAGAGGGAACUCCUGACGCCGACAACGAGUGGUGGUGGAGGAGGAGCUGGAUUCGAUGUCGCGAGAACUGGUGUUGCCAGUGUGGGCUUCAUAGGAUUUCCCUCGGUGGGGAAGAGUACGCUCAUGAGUAGGCUUACCGGGCAGCAUUCCGAGGCUGCGGCAUACGAGUUUACGACCUUGACGACGGUGCCGGGCCAGGUGCAAUAUAACGGGGCUAAGAUCCAGAUGCUGGAUCUGCCUGGUAUUAUCCAGGGAGCCAAGGAUGGAAAGGGAAGAGGUCGACAGGUUAUCGCUGUCGCGAAGACGUGCCAUUUGAUUUUUAUCGUUCUGGACGUCAACAAGCCUCUUACCGACAAGAAAAUCAUUGAAGCUGAGCUGGAGGGAUUCGGGAUCCGGAUCAACAAGCAACCGCCAAAUAUCGUGUUCAAGAAGAAGGACAAGGGAGGAAUUAGCAUUACUAAUACCGUUCCACUGUCGCAUAUUGAUGCCGACGAGAUCAGGGCUGUCAUGGGCGAGUACAAGAUUUCGUCCGCAGAUAUCGCUAUCCGUUGUGAUGCCACGAUCGAUGAUCUAAUCGAUGUCCUGGAAGCAAAGAGCAGAAGUUAUAUUCCGGUUAUUUAUGCUCUGAACAAAAUUGACGCCAUUUCAAUCGAGGAAUUGGACUUGCUCUACAGAAUCCCGAAUGCUUGUCCGAUCUCGUCCGAGCAUGGGUGGAAUAUCGAUGAAUUGCUGGAACAAAUGUGGGAAAAGCUAAAUCUGGUGAGAGUAUAUACCAAGCCCAAAGGAAAAUUGCCCGAUUACACACAGCCGGUAGUGUUGCGUUCCACCAAGUGUACAGUCGAAGAUUUCUGCAAUGCUAUUCAUAAGACAAUUGUCGAGCAUUUCCGAGUGGCCGUCGUAUUUGGCAAAUCCGUGAAACAUCAACCGCAAAGAGUCGGUCUGAGCCAUGAGUUGGCCGAUGAAGAUAUCAUUACCAUCAUCAAGCGAUAA